UGAACAAACAACAUCUCCUUACAUUUAAUGACAAAAUGGCGCAAAGUACAUUUCUGCGUCAAACCGUCGUUCUUCUUCUUUGUCUAUUCGUGACCAAAAUCGCCGGCCAUGGGAUGAUGCUGGAACCACCAAACCGCAGCUCUUUGUGGCGGUUUGAUCCAUCAGCUACACCCAAUUAUAACGAUAACCAAAACUUUUGUGGUGGCGCAGACGUUCAGUGGCACCAAUUUGGAGGUCAGUGUGGUCUUUGUGGUGACAAAUUCGAUGCCCCUCAUCCACAAGAGAAUGAAAACACUGGAAAAUAUGGUCAAGGUAAAGUUGUUAGGGAAUAUUCUUCGGGAAGCGUCGUUGACGUGGGAGUUAACCUUACCACGAAUCAUUUAGGUUAUUUCCUAUUCAGUGUGUGUGUUUUGGAUAAUCCAAAUGCACCUGAAUCUGGUGAAAGUUGUUUCCAACCCAUCAAUCUCGCAAAUGGACAAGAUAGAUACAAUGUUGUCAAUGGUGAAAAAGGAAUAAAUACUCAAGUUAAACUUCCAGAUGGACUUACUUGUGACAGAUGUGUUCUUCGCUGGCACUACACUACAGGAAAUAAUUGGGGAGAAUGUGACGAUGGCUCUUACGCUGAAGGUUGUGGACCACAAGAAACAUUUAGAUCUUGCGCAGAUGUUGCAAUUCAUUAAAAUUUGGUAUAAUAUACGUUUUAAGCAAAUUAA